AUGGGUAUCAGUCGUGAUUCUCGCCACAAGCGUAGCGCUACCGGUGCUAGACGUGAUCAAUACAGAAAGAAGAGAAAGUUCGAGUUGGGUCGCCAAUCUGCCAACACCAAGUUGGGAGCUAAGCGUAUUCACCUUGUUCGUGUCCGUGGUGGUAACUUCAAGCGUCGUGCCCUUCGUCUUGAAUCUGGUAACUUCUCUUGGGGUUCUGAAGGUAUCUCCCGCAAGACUCGUGUCUUGACUGUUGUCUACAACGCCUCUAACAACGAGUUGGUCCGUACCAACACUCUCGUCAAGGGUGCUGUUAUCCAAAUUGAUGCCACUCCUUUCCGUCAAUGGUACGAAUCUCACUACGCUCUUCCUCUCGGUAAGAAGAAGGCUGAUGAAGCCGAAUCUGCUGAAAAGAAGUCCAAGGCCGUUGAAAAGAAGAUUGCUGCUCGUGCUGCCACUGCUGCUAUCGAUCCUCUCUUGAACGACCAAUUCAAUGCCGGUCGUCUCUACGCCGUCAUCUCUUCUCGUCCUGGUCAAUCUGGUCGUUGUGAUGGUUACAUUCUCGAAGGUAGAGAACUCGAAUUCUACCUCCGUAAGAUCAAGGUAAGAAUUAAAAAAAGGGAGAGUCAUAAAUCAGUAUAUUAA